UCACCAUGGCAACUGGAAACAGACAAGCAGCGAUUGGCUGGUUCGUUGCCGUAAAGCGCGACUGCGCUUUAGCCACGCUAGCCUCGGUGGCUAACUGUAAACCGGUGCUUGUUUUGACACACGACUUAACAGUUUCAAGGCAUUUCCCCCUUUAGAGUGACAUUGAAAUGGCGGAGAAAAAUGAAAACCUCGAAGAGCAUCUGGAGAAGUUUGUCGAAAAUAUUCGGCAGCUCGGAAUAAUCGUCAGCGACUUCCAGUCGAGCAGCCAGGCGGGGCUCAACCAAAAACUAAAUCUGAUGAUAACGGGACUGCAAGACAUCGAGAAGUGCCGCCAACAGCUGCAUGAGAUCAACGUACCCCUGGAAGUCUUUGAAUACAUCGACCAGGGUCGAAACCCACAGCUGUACACGAAGGAGUGCUUGGAGAGAGCCUUGGCCCGCAACGAGCAAGUUAAAGGAAAAAUUGACACCCUGACGAAAUUCAAGAGUCUUCUCAUCUCCGAGCUCGGCAAAGUCUUCCCGGAGGAGAUGUUGAAAUAUAAGGCGAUACACGGCGACGACGCCCCUUCUUAGUCCCCCCCCUCGACCCGUUUAUAUGUGAUCAGGACAUUUUUAGGCUCGCAGCGGUCAGACCAAGGACUGACUAGCAACCGGACUGAAGCCAGCAUUCUUCUUUCUCCUAAAAUUUAAUGUAAAUGGAGUGUGUUGACCGGACAAACGCGUGUCCUUGUCGCAUGGACAUUUUAUUAACAGCAGGGUACAUUUCAAGCUCCAUACUGUACAUAAGCUGUCUCCUGAAUCUAUGAAGCGGUGGUACUUACAGUAUUUAUAAUAUCUUUUUGUAACAAUGCAUAACAGCAUAUGAGUUAACAUUUGUACACAAUGUUUUCGCUCAGGCCUUGAUAAUUCUGAACGCAGGUGAGUUUGUGUAGGCCUGCUCUUUAUUUGUAUCCAGUUUGUAUUAAAGGUUUUCUCAGUAAAUAAC